AAUGCACAGUGUGAUAAAGUAUAUCACGAGAACGCCAUUAAAUGAGUACGACAUGUAUCGUGAAAGCCUAAAGUGUAACGGUUCGAUUGGAUGUAGCUAGAAAAAAAUAAUUACUCUAAUUCGGAGCUGAAUAGGAAUGAACGCAGUACCAGAUUAUUACCCUGACGUGUCUCGACGUCUGUCCCAGGUGCUAGAUGAUGUAGGAGUGAAUGAGAGGACUGUCAAUGUGAGGAGACGUAUUGGACUGUUGGGGGAGAGUAUGUGGACAUUGAGAGACAAUGUUCUCGGCAAUAACAUAAAGUAUUAUUCUUUUGGUAGUCAGACGGAAGGUACGACAACUUUAGGACUUAAUUCUGAUACCGAUGUACUGGGCUGUUAUACUGAUGUUAAUAUGAUACAAGACUGGGGCGAUUGGAAACAAGGUAAAUUGAAUUUAUUAAUGAUUCAUGACGAUGCAAUACCACCAGGUUAUUGUAGACUUCAGGUGUUACGAUCAGACAUUCCUGAAGCUGCGGAGGAUUUACCCGACGUCCAUCGUGAAUAUGACGAUGAAGGAAGGGUGCUUAUGGAGAAUACAUUCAUACACCAUGAUAUGCCUAAAGGAGCUGUCAGACAUGGUCCAGCAAGUACAGAUGAAGAUAUCACUGUUGACUAUGUGAACGCCUUUCUGUGUGGAAGCUGGCCAAGUGAAGCAGAUGCGUGGAAGGUUAGAUAUUAUGCAAAACAGUCACAUAAUGUCCACUUGAUAAGACAUUCAGUGCAGACGGGUUGCUUUCUUGUACCUACUGGGCACAGUUCUAGUCAAAACGAGAGAUUAGAAUGGAGAAUAUCUACAUCAAUGGCUGAGAGAUAUAUAAUGUUCAAUAUGAAUAUCACACAAAUCAAAUGUUAUGUUCUUCUGAAAAUGAUAAUGAAAACCUUUAUUGUACCUGACUUUCCAGACACAGUAUCAAGUUUUCACUGUAAAACGGUUUUUUUUGUAUUCAGUUGAACAUUCACAGAAUGACCUUUGGCAUGAAGAAAACUUACUUUCAUGUAUAACUUUAUGUCUAAGAUUAUUACAGAAUUUUAUCUUUGCUAAUAAUUGUCCUCACUAUUUCAUUCCGGGAAACAAUCUGAUGGCGGGAAAGUUUAAUGUUAGAACAAGACAACAUCUUAUUGUUGCUUUUGAACAUAUUAUAAGUAAAUGUGGUCAUGCUAUACUGGGGAUAGAAAUUGACAAUGUCGGAGAUCGUCUGAGAGACAAAUGCGGUUUACUACAGGCAAGAUGUAAUUAUAAGACAUCUAAUCAAAUGCAUUUUCAAAUAUAUAGCUUUUUGUACUACUUUCUGAUGCAUGCAACGAUUAAUGUUAAUUCAGAUAUAAAAAGUACAAAUGAGGUAGAUAUCCAGAGGAUAUAUUUCGAGAUGAAAAACCGCCUAUCAGCUGUCUUACAGGUAUACAGGUGUAGUGUAGGUAUAGAACGCGAGAGCAUUUUAUUAAUGAUACCGUCACUUUGUACGACAAUGGGAUCAUUGCUGGCUUCUCACAACAUUUCACAAGGGCAAAGUGUUUCUAACACAGCGUUGUCGUUAUUCUCACUGGGCAUUGAUUCUGAUGUCGCAGCUGGAAGACUUAAACUAGCAUCAGCAUUAUUUGCUGCUGGGGAUCUGGCGAAGACCGUGAUCGUACUUCGUGACGUGGAAGAAAGAUAUAAUCCUCGUGUCACUGAACCAGUAUGUGAUUGUACGAGUACCGAUAUACAAGACGACUCUACAUGGAAAUUUCCUAUUGAUAUAUUCCAUGUUGAAAAUGUCAAUUCCUUAACAUAUUACUUUGCAUAUGGAGUUUCAUUUACACGUGGAGAGGUGCACUGCGUUCCUCACGCUCUUCAGUAUGAAAUGUUCAGAUGUACAGAAGAAGAAAGAGCCAUGUGUAAUAAGUAUAAAGACUACUGGAUGGACUGGGCUGUCGUAGAUGCUCUCCCUUACUUGUACUACCUUCAGUACCUGACGUAUUGUCAACUUGGCAGACAAAGAGAUCAACAGAGAGCUCUUAACAAACUAAUCGAAACCGUAUCCACAGAACUAAAUCUCUCCCAUAGGGAAACUGCUCUAAAUUUACUCGGCAAAUGCAUGGAACAAGAAGGCAGGUUACUCGAUGCUCUUGUUUGUUACAGAUGUUCAAUGAAUGCACGACCGGCACACAACGUUGCGAGAUGGCAUUUUGUUGGUCUAAUUGGAAGGAUGUAUCAUUCAUAAUACAUGUUCACUAAUUACAUUUACAAAUGAAAUGAAAGACAACAUUAAAAUUGAUAAAAAGACAUUUGUUGUAAAUCAGAGGUAACAUAAAAUCUCGUGAGAAUUCUUAUUAAUCAUGAUUUUGGUAUGAAGGUUGUUUAAUCAAGAUCUUAUCUAUCAUAUAUUUAGACUUCUGUGGCAAACAUGUAGGUUGAAGGAGACUAUAUUGUCACUACAUUGUUCAUUCCGUGAUUAAACUUUAUCAAAAUCACAGAGACUUUUACAUCUCAUUU